GAUGUGGGAGCAUCUCGCCCCACACCUCCUCGUCAUUCUCCCCCUCCUCUUGCUCACUUGUUCUCUCCUCCGAGCAGCAGGACGAGCGAGCAGCAGCCGCACUCUGCUCUCUCUCUCUCAGAUGUUCAGUCUCUCGCUCUCUCUCUCCCCGCUCAAACAUGGAUCUAUUACUACUUCUAUGCUGGAUUUUUACCGACAGAGUGUUUAGAGCUGUGUCCGCCGCCUCGCACUACACCUGCAGCAGCCCUCUGGUGUCGUCUUUACCUCAGUCUUCAUUCCAGAGCUCGUCUCAGUCCACCGCCAGCUCUGCCGCUCACAACGCCAAGAUCAACCGCAGAGACGGAGCAGGCGGCUGGUCGCCCCUGGUGACGGACCGGGAGCCCUGGCUGCAGGUAGACCUCAAGGAGCAGAUGGAGGUGACGGCUGUGGCCACACAGGGUCGCUCUGCCAGCUCCGACUGGGUGAGCAGGUACCUGCUGCUGUACAGCGACACGGGCCAGGUGUGGAGAGAGUACAGGCAGGAGGACGGGGGAGGGAUGUUUGUUGGGAACGUGAACUCCGAGGCCGUCGUGCAGAACAAACUGUCGCCCUCGCUGAGGACUCGCUUCCUGCGCUUCGUCCCUCUUGACUGGAACCCGAGCGGCUGGCUGGGCCUCAGGGUGGAGCUGUACGGCUGCUCCUACAAGUCUGACGUGGCGGACUUUGACGGCAGGAGCUCUCUGCUGUACCGCUUCAAUCAGAAGUCGAUGUCGACGGUGAAGGACGUCAUCUCUCUGCGCUUUAAGAGCCGGCAGGCCGAGGGGGUGUUACUGCACGGGGAGGGGCAGCGGGGCGACUACAUCACCCUGGAGCUCCACCGAGGAAAACUGGCCCUCUACCUGAACCUGGACGACACCCGGCUGAGAUUCAGCAGCAGUCGAGUCGCCGUCACCCUCGGCUCUCUGCUCGACGACCAGCACUGGCACUCGGUCACCAUCGAGCGCUUCAAUAAGCAGGUGAACCUGAGCGUGGACACGCACACGCAGCACUUCACCACCAGAGGGGAGGGGGACUCGCUGGAAGUCGACUAUGAGCUGAGUUUUGGAGGAAUCCCUCUGCCCGGUAAACCCGGCACCUUCCUCAGGAGGAACUUUGACGGCUGCAUCGAGAACCUUUAUUACAACGGCAUCAACAUCAUCGACCUCGCUAAGAGACGCAAGCCACAGAUUUACAGCGUGGGGAACGUGACCUUCACAUGCUCACGGCCGUCACUGGUCGCUGUCACCUUCCUGAGCUCCAGCAGAAGCUUCCUGUCCUUACCCAUGGCUUCCCCGUUGACCACCUUGGGAGGUUUCUCCGUCAGGUUCCAGUUCAGAACGUGGAACGCCGACGGGCUGCUAGUGUCUGCCAGACUGAGCCGAGAGAACCAAAGAUUGGACCUACAGAUCAGAAACAACCGGCUGAUACUGACCAUCCACGACCAGGGAGAGAGAGCAGAGACAUCUGCAGGGCACAGAGUCAAUGAUGGACUGUGGCACUCGGUGAGUCUGGACACUCGAGGUCUUCAGGUCAGUCUGACUCUGGACAACGAGCCCGCCUCCACCCUGGAGCGGUGGGAGCAGCUGGAGGUCAGAGGGAGCUUCUACUUUGGAGGCUGCCCUCCUGCAGCCCGCCACAGGCCGACGGUGUCCUUCCAGGGCUGCAUGCGUUUCAUCUCCAUCAACAGCCAGACCAUCAACCUCCAUCAUGUGCAGCAAGGGAUGCUGGGAGUCUACAGUGAUCUUCAGUUUGACACAUGCAGCAUCAGAGACAGGUGUGUUCCUAACCUGUGUGAACACGGAGGUGUGUGUCUGCAGAGUUGGAGCUCCUUCUCCUGUGACUGUUCAGGGACCGGAUACUCUGGAGCCGUCUGCCACCACCCCCUCUACGAGUCGUCCUGUGAGGCCUACAGGCUGACUGGAGGCUCCUCCGGCUUCUACUCUAUUGAUCCAGACGGGAGUGGCCCCCUGGGGCCCGCCCCUGUCUACUGCAACAUGACAGAGGAGCGUGUGUGGACAGUGGUGCGUCAUAACGUCAGCGCUCCAGUCCGAGUUCAGGGCUCGUCUCUGCAGAAUCCUCACAUCAUGACUUUAAACUAUAGCUCCGACCCCAAGCAACUGCACACCAUCAUCAGAAGCUCCGAGCACUGCCAGCAGGAAGUGGUUUACAGCUGCAGGAAGUCCCGCCUCUUCAACACCAAAGACGGCCGCCCGAUGGCAUGGUGGGUGGACCCGGGCGGAGAGAGGCGGAGCUACUGGGGAGGCUUCCUGCCGGGGGUACAGCAGUGCUCCUGCAGCCUUGAGCAGAACUGUGUCGACAUGAACUACUUCUGCAACUGUGACGCGGACUCACAAUCAUGGACUAAUGACUCAGGAAUCCUGUCAUAUAAAAACCACCUCCCUGUGAGCCAAAUCGUGAUUGGCGACACAAACAGAACCGGAUCAGAGGCCGUCUACAGCAUCGGCCCGCUGCGUUGCUAUGGAAACAGGUGGAUCUGGAACGCAGUGUCCUUCUUCCAGGAGUCCUCGUCGCUCCUGUUCCCCCAGCUUCAGGCAGAGCUCUCCUCCGACUUCUCCUUCUUCUUUAAGACCAGUGCUCCUUCAGGGGUCUUUCUGGAGAACCUGGGACACAAGGACUUCAUCAGACUGGAGCUCAGCUCUCCCUCAGUGGUAACUUUCUCUUUGGAUGUUGGAGACGGUCCCGUGGUCAUUGCGGUCACCUCCCCCCUCCCUCUGAACGACCGGCAGUGGCACCAGGUGAGGGCGGAGCGUAAUGUGAAGGAGGUGUGGCUGCAGGUCGACCAGCUGCCCCUCCGCCUGCUGGAGGCUCCGGCUGACGGACACCGACGCCUUCGUCUCAACGGACAGCUGGUUGUAGGUGGAUCAGCAUCCAGGCUCAGAGGCUUCCUCGGCUGCAUGCGGACUCUGAACAUCAACGGCGUGAUGUUUGACCUGGAGGAGAAGGCGAGAACAGUGGUGGGGGCGAGUUCUGGUUGUCCGGGUUACUGCAGCGGCUCCAGCAGCCUCUGCCACAACAGAGGGAGGUGCAUCGAGAUGAGCAACGGCUACACCUGCGACUGCUCCACCUCUGCGUUCAGAGGACCCACCUGUAGAGAAGAGGUGUCGGUGAGGUUGCACCGAGAGUCCUCUUUGACCUUCACCUUUCAGGAGCCGUUCUCUGGGAUGCAAAACAGAAGCUUCCAGACGUCCGGCGUCUCCAGGGAGAGCAGCAGCGGCGGAACGAGAGAGGACGUAGCCUUAAGCUUCAUCACCUCACAUAGCCCCGCCCACCUGCUGACCAUCAGCACCUUCAGCCAGCAGUACAUCGCCGUAAUCCUCACCACAAACGGUAGUCUUCAGAUUUGGUAUCACCUGCAGACUCCCAGGAACCCGGAUGUGUUCAGUCCGGUCCUGAGCGGUCUGGCAGACGGACAACUCCAUCGAAUCAGAAUCCAGCGUGAGGGCAGAGACCUGUACGUACAGGUUGAUCAGGACAUCCACAGAAAGUUCUCUCUGUCGUCUAAAGCAGAGCUGAUCUUUCUCAGGUCGCUUACCCUGGGAAAAGUCAUCAGGAGAGAGAGUUUCCAUGAAGAGGUGGUGCGUGCAGGUUCCGAGGGUUUCGUCGGCUGUCUAUCUUCGGUCCAGUUCAAUCACGUGGCUCCUCUGAAAGCGGCCCUGCAGAAUCGAGGCAGCUCGUUGGUCACGAUCAGAGGCUCAGUAGUCCAAUCAAACUGUGGGACAUUGGCAAACUCCAUAACAUCCCACAACCUGAGGGGUAACACACAAGAUGAUUCUGCAGCUGUGGACAAAGAAAAGAAGCAGCAGAGCGAGGAUACACAAAAUGAUGUGGCUGUUAUAGCAGGUGUGGCGACAGCAGUGGUGUUCAUCACUGUUUGUAUCCUGGCCGUGGUGACCCGUCUCCUGUACCGGAGGCAGGUUCAGAAGAAUAAUGACAGCAUGCAGGAGAAGGAGCACCAUCAGAGCAUGGAGACCCCCAUCAGGACGGAGCUUCACCUCCACAACGCUGUCAGGGACAAUGUGAAGGAGUACUACAUCUGACUACAUGGAGUACUACAUCUACGAGACAAAGGGGUACAUGAUCUAAUAAGAAAAGGGAUUACAAAACCCAACUUGACCAAGGAGUACAAGGUAUUACCCCACAAAAGAGAGCAACAACCAACAAGAUGAAAGUAAAAUAUCCGACAAGAGUAAGGAUUAAAAACCUUACUACUCCUUCAUGACUAGUCAAAGGAGUAUGAAAUCUAACAAGCUACAAACUACAAUGUCCGACUAGAACAAAGGGGUACAUAAUCCAACAAAUCAGCCUGGUUAAAACUUCUGACUAGACAAGGAACAACAUCCUACGGAAUGGAAAAAGCACUGCAUCAGAGUAGAUGAAGGACAUUUGUUUCAGUUUAGACAAAGAAGUAAAAAUGAGUUGACAAAAGAGUACCCCAUCGAGCUAGACGGAACAAGUAGAACAUCUGACUACAAGAAUGAGUACAGCAUCUUACACGGAGAAGGCCUAUCACAUAAGACUAAACAAAGAAGUAGAACCUCCAGCUAGAUAUUCCUAGGGGACAAAGGACUACAACAUAUACAUGACAAAGGACUACAACAUCCUACAGGACAAAGGACUGCUACAUCUACAGGACAAAGGACUACAACAUCGUAGGGGACAAAGGACUACAACAUUUUAGGGGACUAGGACUGCAACAUCUACAGGACAAAGGACUACAACAUCAUAGGAGACUAAGGACUGCCACAUCCUACAGGACAAAGGACUACAACAUCGUAGGGUACAAAGGACUACAACAUCAUUUGACAAGGAACUACAAAAUCCCAUGGAACAAGGAACUACAACAUCCUUAAGACAAAGAAUUACAGCAUCCUCAAGACAAAGGAUUACACAUCCUAUGGGACAAAGAACUACAACACCCUACAUAAUAAUGGAAUACAGAAUCUUAAUCGACAAAGGACUACAUCCUCUGACUAGACCAAGUACUUCAAUGUACAACUAGAAAAUGGAGUACUACAUACAUCCAGAAAGAACGAGUUUAACAUCUGAUUAGACAAAGGACUCAGAUAAAACUAGCUGCAGGACUAUUAGACCAAGGAUUACAAAAUGUGACUCGAUUCUGUUCUGAGUCUGAGUACACAAAGGAGUACUCCCUCUCUGACAUACCUCUCCUUUGUGGGGCUGACAGUGUGGAUGGUUUCCUCACAAACGGAAAGCAGCAGCUCCACCGAUUGUGUGUCUUCUUCUGUGUGGACAGUAAAGAAAGCACUGCAAUCUUUCUGGUUUUGUCUGUAAACUAUGUGGGAAUCUGUCAGAAAUAGAGCCGCUGUGAGUUUCAUCCAGCGUAUGGGUGAAAGGAAAUAGAACUGAGCCUGUUGCACCUCCAAAAUGUGCGCAACCUUUUCUUACUGACUUUAAAUGCUGAUUAUUUCUGCAUUUCAGUAGAAUAUAUUUAUGAUGUGUGGAGGUCAAGUGUAGGCCUGAGAUCAUUCACUGCUGUUUUCUGUAGAUAGGUGAUACAAUACUGCCUCCUGUACCAGUGCCUAAUCUUUCCUUCAGUUUGUUUUUCUAUACUUUACUUUUUUUUUUUAUGAUUUUCACCCUCCAAAUGCAGAUGUUCAUCAGUGAUCUAUCAAUCCAAACAAAUGGAGAAAGAUGGAAACUUUAACAGUAGCUUUACCACAUUAGCCAUUUAUGAUCAUUAGAAACCUUUUUUAUUUCACUAAGUGGUUUUCUCUGCACUGUUUGCAACAGUUCAAAGAGAAACCAACCAGGACAACUAAUUAAUCGUGAAGUUACCCGGUUUGUAGUUACACAGGCUGAUUAAAGCAACAAUAUGUAGCUGUUAGUGUUAAAUAACAGUUUUACAGUCAGUUUGAUGGAACAGUGACUUGAUAAAGGCAGAUUGGAGCCUCUUUAAUUCUGAUCCAU